AUGGAUACCGCAACGAGCAACACAGGAGGUGGAAGCGCGUUCGCCAGCGAUAGUUCUACGAACCUGGCAACCGUGAUCAAAGGCCUCAAGAAGUUCGACGGAAAGGACCCAGCUGAGUUCAAGACAUGGAUGAAGAAAUUCUGCGUGGUGUUAGACACAGCGGCCUUCGACUCCUACACAAGGGCAAACGAAGAUCUCUACGCCAUUCUUUUCCUCCUAGUGGAACUUCCAGCCGCCUUGUCGAUACAGAAGCACGAAGACGACACUGGCAUCAGCGGCGACGGACAAGCUGCCUUCGAGGAGCUCUGCAACAACUAUGACAAGGUAACGGACGAAGUCAUCAGGGCCAAGAUGGAGGAGCUGGAGAACAACCCCAUGAACCCUGGUGCAAACCCCGACGGCUACUUCAACCAGAAGCACCUACUUCGCACCCAGCUGGAUAAGAUGGGAGAACCCGUCGCCGACCGCCGCUUCAAGGGCAUCUGCGUGCAGAGCUUCUCCGACGAAUACAAGGACGUCAAACUGAUGGUGUUCAGAGACCCAACUUUCAACGUCCUGGACAUGCAAUCCACCAUGCGCAACAUCUUCUUGGACGAACAAUCGCGCAAGGGAUGCAAGGGACGCAUAGCUGGUCGAGGAUUUGCCAUGGCAANUACCAGCAAGGAGGAAAGCGCCCGGAAGACACCAAGGACUCAAGGACUCAUUGUUCCGGGGCUUGGUCGCAACAUUUUUUCGCCCACCUCCCUCCUGAAAAAGGGAUUGCGCUGCGUCGUCGAAGAGAGCACUCCGCGCCUCACUAUCCAAGGCAACGUGAUUCCACUCACACAAGAUCCGCGAGACCAAGGCAUGUGCACCCUCGACAUCACGUUCGAGCAGAACGUCCAGCCAUCUGGCACGAAAUCCCUCGUGCCCCACCAGAAGCAGUCACAGACCCACACGGCGAACGCCGUCUGCUUUACGCUAGUGAGCGCGGACACCUGGCACAGGAGGCUUGGACAUCUCAAUGCUCGGAGCCUGGACAUCCUUCGGAAGGACACGGGUACCGGGGUGGACUAUCGCGACAGUCUCUCCCCUUGCGGGGUCUGCCAGAUCGCGAAACACAAGCAGUCCCCCCACCUGAAGCAAUCGACUCGCGAACUAUCACGGCCUGGACAGCUUGUGGUCAUCGGCAACAUGGGGCCUGUUAAUCCACCUGCGAAAAAUAAAGGAGGCUCCUUCCCGUACGCGUGCAAGAUCACCGACGACUACACGAAGAUGAAAAAAGUGUACCUGCUUCGCAAGAAAUCUGACACGACCGAGGCGGUGCACACGUACAACAUGUGCGUCGCAGCAAAAGGAGGCUACCGGAUCGAGACCAUCCGCUGCGACAAGGGAGGCGAGAACACCGCAUCCGAAUUUCGGGACAACUGCAAGAAUCCAGCUAUCAAGCUCGAAUACGCCGCCACCAACACCCCUCAACAAAUUGGAGGCUACCGGAUCGAGACCAUCCGCUGCGACAAGGGAGGCGAGAACACCGGAUCCGAAUUUCGGGACUACUGCAAGAAUUCAGCUAUCAAGCUCGAAUACGCCGCCACCAACACCCCUCAACAAAUUGGUGUAUCGGAACGGGACGGACAAACCCUGGCCGGAGUCACCCGGUGUCUUCUGAUGUGGGGGGAGUUAAUGCUGACUUCAGCAUACCUGUUGAACAGGUCCCGNCGGGUCAUUGGAGCGCGCGCCUUCGUACACCACGAGAGAUACCGAAAGAAGCUGGACGACGGAGCUUUCGAAGGCAAGCUAUGUGGUUUCGGCCUCGACACCCAGACCUACCGGUGCCCUUCCAGUAUUCCACUGAAGCAAACGGGUACGAAAGCGACGUGCUGA